UGAGUGAUUGGCCCGGGGCCAUAUUGGAAUUAACGGCGAAUGCGCCUUUGUUGUUGCCGAUCUUUAUCUCUGGUUGGAUUCGAUGUCCAAUGGGUAUCUGCAACGCCCCCGCGACCUUUCAGCGAGCCAUGAAUAUGGCUUUCCAGAAUUUCGUGUGGAAGACUCGUUUGACGCAGAGCAUCAUCAAUUACCGCGUGAUAUUGUACAUGGAUGACAUUCUGGUGUACUCAAGUUCCUACGAGGGACACCUGCAGCACAUCGAAUGGGCUCUGCAUGCGUUGCGAGAUGCGGGCUUCAAGGUGGCGCUUGAGAAGUGUCAAUUUUUCCUUACCACCAUUUCCUUCUUAGGACACAUGGUAACAGACCAAGGGCUCCAACCACAGCCGCAGAAGGUGGCAGCUGUCAGAGAUGCGCCGGUGCCUAUGACUAUCACGCAAGUUCGCGCCUUUUUGGGCCUGGCCUCGUACUACCGACGAUUUAUCAAGGGCUUUGCGGCGAUUGCGGGACCCCUCACAAAUCAGCUGCGCAAAGAUCAGCCGUUGAUCUGGACGUCGGAGUGUGAUCAGGCGUUUUCGAAACUGAAGGCCGCUCUCAUUUCGGCUCCGGUCCUUAUAAGGCCGGAUCCCGAAAAGCCUUUUGUUCUCAUCACUGACUCGCAGCCAGAGGCGAUUUUGGCGAUCCUUGCCCAGGUGGGACCAAGUGGACUCGAGAGUGUAGUAGAGUAUGCGUCCAAGUCGGUGCCCGCCUGGAAGCGCAACUACGCCGCUCCAACGGGAGAAUGCUACGCGGCCCUAUGGGGAAUCAAUCACUUUUGCGCUUACCUGUACGGGCGAGAGUUCACCUUGGUAACCGAUCAUGAGCCCCUGUUGGCUCUGAAGAAAUCGAAGGAUUACUCGGGCAUGAUCGGGCGAUGGGCGACGGUACUGCAGAACAUGGACUUUGACAUUCGUCAUCGAAAGCAUGAGAGACACGGGAAUGCGGACAGACUGACACAACUGCAUCGACCUGAGAAAGUUCCGAAGAGUGAGGAGGUGAUUCCGUGGAACGAACCCGAACAGGAGAUUGGACCUCGGUACGGCCAAGUGGAGAUCUUAUCGAAGCAGUUCGAAGAAAUGCUGCCAUCACGCCAGGAGUAUCUGAAGCCCUACGACAUCAUCCCUCACGCCUUUUAUCCGAAGGCGGAGGAAGCGGUGAUCGACGACGAAGAAGAAAACGACGACGAGGAAACAUCGGAGGAGGGAAGCUAUAGCGAAUAUAGCGAGGGUGAGCUGAGUGAAGAAGAAGAGGGAGAAGAAGGAACCGAGUCUGAGUGGGAAGCUUUGCAAGAGGAAGCGGCGCGCACGGGCACGGAGGCGGAAGAUCUGGAAGCAGCGCGAAAGCGCGAAGAAAUUGCCACCGGAAAACGCCUGCUGGAGUUCGCCAGCGGAGCCAGCUUGCGCAUCGGUAACGAUCCGACAAGGGAUAAGGAGCCGCAGAAGCCCGAAGAUGGCGACCCAGCUGCCGCCACCUCAAGCGCCGCGCGACGGAGACGGAGCCGAACCCCCUCCUCCUCCAGCCCCACCCGUCCCCCAGUUCGCCCACGUACCGAUGCGGGCGAUAGGCCUUCGUCCUCAGACAUUGUCCCACCGUCCCCUUGAUUUUCUCACCCUCGAGCAGAUCCGCACCCCCGUCACCUUCCCCCUCCAUCGC